ACCAUAUAAUCCUACCCUGAAUACCGUCCACCAGGAAUGCAGGACAUGACUUCAUAUAUCUGACUUAUGGUAUUAUCGUCUAUCGUUCAUCUCAUCUAUAAUUUGGAACCUCUCAUUUGAUCUCUAUACCACCAUGUUCGCGCCCAUCGGCUUGUUCAAGGACAUACCUUGUCCUCAAGGUCAAAGCUGCUCACUCUUGACCUGCAUGUUCUCUCACAAGGGAACCAGCUCCUCUUCAGAUGCACCCAAAGUCUCAUCGAGCGACCUUGUGCCGACGCUCAAUAGUGAAGCUGCUUCAAGUAAACCGAUUCCUGCCAAGCCUAAGGCUCAAGUUAUCAGUGAGGAAGGCAAGAGCAAGGUAAACAGCAAACCGUCACCCUUGCCGAGAAAAGAAGCUGCCAGUCAAAUGCACGCUUCAGCAAUCCCUCCAAGCAAACGAUUACAAUCAAAUGAUCGAACUCCUGUCAGGCUUCAAUCCCUGUCCAGAGAGGUAACUCCUCCAUCAAAGGCAAUCUCAACGCCAGCGAAGUCAGGCGCGACGACCUCGCAAAAACGCCGCCCCCCACGACAGGCCCCACGGGAAAGCCUGAAUCCUCGUAUGCUGACAAAAGCACCUGCACCUCAUGGCGUUCGAUUGUCCAUACUCACGAAAUUGCACGCUUCUAUGUCUGCCCAGAAUGACAAGAUGGCCAAAGACAAGGAUGGCCCGGACAGAUAUCUUGUCCUGACCCCGAAUGAGCUCAUCACGAUGGCCUUGGAUGAAGAGGAGAAGACCGCAAAGGAGAACCCGAGCAUAUAUUCCAAUAUCGUCAAACUCCGGAUUGUCAAGCUUUCAAAACUGAGCAAGGAAGACUGGGCCAAAGAAGUGAAGGCCCAUCUGAAUGAGCGAUACUAUAAGAUCGGGGCUGAGCCUGAACCGCCAAAGCCGAAAGCUUUUACGACUGGUUUGAGCGCGAAGGAGGAGAUUACGCUAGCGAAAAAGCUAAUCACCCCGCUGGAAGGCCUGGAAGAGCACGGCUACGUGACAAAAGCGCCAACGGAUGCGGAGGUGGAAAGUGCCCGGAAAGGCGUUCUCGAAUCCAAGGGAUGGGAGAAGUGCGAUCGCUGUGGGGGGAGGUUCCAGGUAUUUCCCGGUCGUCGCGAGGAUGGAUUAUUGACGACCGGGGGCCAAUGCACAUACCAUCCUGGGAAAGCACUUUAUCCACCGAAGAAGCAAACCGAUCACAUUACCGGGCACAGAGAAGCAUAUUUCUCUUGCUGCAAUGAAUCAUUGGGGACUUCUUCUGGGUGUACCAAAGGCCAGACCCAUGUCUUCAAAGUCUCAGAAACUAAGCGCCUCGCCUCGAUCCUUCAGUUCGAAAAGACCCCAGCACAGCCAGGAAAAGGACCACUGCCGCCAGUGUGCUUCGACUGUGAGAUGGGCUACACGACACUAGGACUGGAGCUGAUUCGGCUCACCGCUGUUAGCUGGCCCAAGGGCGAGGCACUCUUGGAUAUUCUGGUCCGACCCAUUGGGGAAGUCUUGGAUCUGAAUUCCCGUUUCUCGGGCGUCUUCCCGGAACAUUACACAAGAGCCAUCCCCUACGGCACCGCUGAUUCCCAGACGAAUGCAUCGACGUUGGAGGAUGGGGAAGUAGACUCACCCCCUUUGCAAGUGGUUGACUCGCCCGCCACAGCCCGCGCGCUGUUGUUCGAAUAUCUACAGCCCGAUACACCGUUAAUUGGGCAUGCCAUCGACAACGACCUCAAUGCCAGCCGCAUCAUCCACCCGACAAUCAUUGAUACGAUUCUGCUCUACCCGCAUCCACGGGGCCUGCCCAUUCGUAUGGGGCUGAAAGCUCUCACCAAACGGCACCUGGAUCGGGACAUCCAAACCGGAGGCAGUCGCGGCCACGAUUCGAAGGAAGAUGCAGUCGCGACAGGUGAUUUGGUCAGAUUCAAGGCGGCAGAGACUUGGAAGGUACUCAAGUCCAAGGACUGGCGGUUUGUCAACGGGCAGCUGGUGCCUCCACCCGGCACCGCAGAUGCAGCGGCAGAUGGGAAGCUGGGAGCCGGAGCAGGGCAGAAGCGGACAAGCUCGGCCUUGGGCGAUUGACAGACAUGAACAGGCAGUGCGAUGCGAAAUAGUUCUUACAGUGAUACCCAUGUUAUCUACGCUGGAAAUUGUACGAUCAUCUA